GGGAAGGCCCGCCGCGCCUGUGGCACGUCUGCGCGUGCGCCGCAGGCCGGACAGCUGCGCCCCGAGUGGGCGGGGCCUCGCCGCCAUCUUGGCCCGGGCAAGGCCCCGCCGCCAUGGAGCCGAGCGGGGCAGGGCGGAAGGAGAGGCCGAAGCCCCGGGAGCCGUCAGCCCGGCUGGAGAAGGCCAAGCAGAAAUCAGCCCAGCAGGAGCUGAAGCAGAGGCAGAGGGCGGAGAUUUAUGCCCUCAACCGAGUGAUGACGGAGCUGGAGCAGCAGCAGUUCGACUCCUUCUGCAAGCAGAUGCAGGCCUCCGGCGAGUGAGGCGGCACGCGUGGCCCCCCAAAACGACCUCAGGCUCCCCCAUCUGCUGCCCACCCACCCCCUUUUUUAAGCCCUUUGUUAUUUAUUACCAAACAUUUUGGUUUGGUUGAUUUUUUUUUUAAAUAAAAUCUGUGGUGAUUCCA